AUCUAAGAUAGAUCUCGAUAGUAGAUUAUAUGCAGAUGGGUAUUUAAGACUAUCUUUCGGAUCCUACUUGAUAGGUUUUUGUUGUAACUUCAUCAUAUCAUCCUGAGAUCUCGUCUUCCGACAACAACGGAUCCAAAAUCCACAACCCCACACCCAAUACGGUAUAACUUGACGAAACCCUCCCAAAUCUUUCAUCACCGCCGUCAGAACUCAACCCAAACAUCCUCUUUAUCAAGUUAUGACUGAAAAAGUCAACACUCCAACCGGUGUUCUCGACCAAGAACACAAUGCCUCCCGCGAACCUUCACUCUUUGACCAAAAAGAACUCGAUCGUCUAGGUCGAGAGCGUCCAGCAUGUUUCUCAAAUCUCUUAUCAGAGCUUGGCUUUAUCUUUGCGGUCGUGGGUUCGAUGAUGGUUAGCGAGUAUUUUGUCUCUGGGUUUAAUAUUAUCUUGCCUUCGUUGGCGGUUACGCUGGAGAUUCCGGAUCAAGUUAGGACUUGGCCUGCUGCUGUUAUUAAUCUUACUACGGCUGUUUUACUCCUUCCAUUCGCGAGACUCUCUGAGAUUCAUGGUGGGAGGUUUAUCUUUUUGGGUGGUCAUGUUUGGUUGAUUGUUUGGUCUAUCAUUGCUGGUUUCAGUCAGAAUCCAACGAUGCUUAUCGCCUGUCGAGCGAUGCAAGGUUUGGGACCUUCAGCUUUCUUGCCAUCAAGUGUGGCGAUCAUGUCACGCAUUUAUCGCCCAGGUCCUCGAAAGAAUCUCGUUUUCAGCAUGUUCGGCGCUUUUUCAUGCAUUGGCUUCUACUCUGGAAUUUUCUUUGGGGCUUUAUCUGCCCAAGUCCUUGGCUGGAAGUGGUAUUUCUUCAUUGGUGCUUUCUUUUGUGCCAGUAUCUUCAUAACAGGUCUUUUGACUAUUCCAAAGAGCCAUGGGGAUCCACUACCUGAUUUGAAGAUGGACUGGCUGGGUACGGCUACUGUUGUACCGGGUCUGGCAUUGGUGGUGUAUGCGCUGACUGACGGAGGAAAUGCGCCUCAGGGCUGGAAAACACCUUAUGUCUAUGUUACCUUGAUCUUGGGUAUCAUCUGUCUCGUGCUGUUUGUGUACAUCGAGGGGUGGAGGGCCAGUCAGCCUCUUAUGCCGGCAGAGGUUUUCAGGACGAAGUACAUGAGUCGGUUGGUCUUUGCACUGUUCAUGUCCUAUGGCUCGUUCGGUCUGUUUCUUUUCUACGCUAGUUUCUACAUUGAAUCAGUCCUGCAUAUUGGACCUUUACUGACCGCCGCUUGGUUCAUCCCUCUUGCGGCUGGCGGUUUCAUUUUGGCUGUCGUUGGCGGCUUCGUUCUUCAUAUCCUCAGCGGACGACUGCUCCUGAUCAUUUCCGGCCUUGGUUUCCUCGGCUCAACAGUCCUUUUCGCCCUUAUUCCUGACAGUGGAAGGUCCAGCACAUUCCUUUACUGGGCAUUCGUCUUCCCCGCCAUGAUUCUCGCAACAGUUGGAGUAGACAUCGCCUUCAACGUCACCAACGUCUUCAUCACAACAUCUCUUCCUAAUCAUCUUCAAGCAGUCGCAGGUGCACUGAUCACAAGUCUUCUCUACCUCGGUAUGGCGUUUUGGUUGGGCGUUGGUGAGAUGGCUGUAUCUGCACAAAAGGAUAUCAAAGGUGCUGAGAAUGUUGAUGCACGAAGCCAGUAUCAGAUCGGAUUCUGGACUGGUGCUGGACUUGCUGUAGCGUCACUGUUGAUUUUUAUCACGGUUAAGAUGGAGUCGGCCAAGGCUGAUUUGACAGCUGAUGAGAAGGCACAGAGAGAAAGAGAGAGAGCUGUUGAGCAGAGUUUCGGGUAGUCAGCCUGAAGUUUGGCAUAGGGAUACUUAUGACUGAAUUUGGAGUUUCAAAAGUUGAUUUACGGAUCUGUAAAGGGAAUAGAAUACACUAGAAUAAUAAUAUAGAGGUUGUCGGAUUUUG